AUGGGCAAACUGGGAAGAACUCGAAAGAGUUUGAUAUGCAUCGCAAGACGUGCCGUAUUCUCGACCGCAUUGCAACCGCCUGGUUCUCAAGGACGCUUCUGCGAGGGAGAUAACCAAUUUGCCCCGAAAUGGCGUGUUGCGAACCAAGGUGACUUCACAGCAGGCCGUGAGAAGUUUGCGCCCGGGGGGUUGAGGAACUUAUCAGCAUGCCGCAAAGGUUCAGCUCUUCACAAUCCGAAAACGGAGGCAAAUGUCAACUCCAACCAAGGAAAGUAA